GACUUUCUCGCUGUGUUGGCUGCAGCCGCUGCACUUAAGCGCACAGCCUGCAGAGAGAGCAGGGUCUGCCUAUUUUUAGCCCCCCCUCCCCAAGUCAGCGCUCAAAUGGGGGGAAAUGACGCGGCGUGAAGGUUUCGUGAGGCCCAGCUACCGAGUGACGGAACACGCGGUCCAGCACAACUCGGUAACUUUUUUUGAGUCCUCCUCCACCGCUGAAGAGUAGCGCCGCCAUGGCUGCCCAGUGCGACGCUUUGAGCGGAUACUUGCAGCAGCAACAGCAGCUGCAGUCGGACCAGGGCUCCAACAGCGAGCGCAGCGCAGACUCGCCUUUGCCGGGCUCCGAGGAGGACCUGAGUGGACCCCAUCAGCUGCCCGAUCCGGAGUGGACGGAGGAGCGCUUCCGAGUGGACCGAAAGAAGCUGGAAUUUAUGUUGCUAGCCGCCUCAGAGGGGAGAGUCAACGGCGGGGAGGAUUUCUUUCAGAAGAUUAUGGACGAUACACAAACACAGAUCGCCUGGCCUUCCAAGCUGAAGAUCGGCGCAAAGUCGAAAAAAGAUCCACACAUCAAAGUGUGCGGCAAGAGGGAACACGUGAGGGACGCCAAAGAGAGAAUUAUGUCGGUGCUCGAUACAAAGAGUAACAGGGUGACGCUGAAGAUGGACGUUUCGCACACGGAGCACUCGCACGUGAUCGGCAAAGGCGGCAACAACAUCAAGCGGGUGAUGGAGGAGACGGGCUGCCACAUCCACUUCCCCGACUCCAACAGGAACAACCAGGCGGAGAAAAGCAACCAGGUGUCUAUCGCGGGGCAGCCAGGAGGGGUGGAGGCAGCUCGAGUUAAAAUCAGGGAGCUGCUCCCUCUCGUGCUGUCUUUCGAGCUCCCGGCCAUCAUGCAGUCGGACCCUAGCUCGCCGAGUGUGCAGGCCAUCUCGCAGACGUACAACCUCAUCGUGUCCUUCAAACCGCCCACGCGGCUCUACAGGGCCACCGGCGUGGUGCGCGGCUCCCAAAACAACGCCGUCAAGCGUGGCACAGCUCUGCUGCUGGAGCACCUGGCAGGCAGCUUGGUGAGCACCAUCUCCGUGAGCACCCACCUGGACAUCGCCCCCCAGCACCACCUCUUCAUGAAAGGCCGCAACGGCAGCAACAUCAAGCACAUCGCCCAGAGGACAGGCGCCCAGAUCCACUUCCCCGACCCCAACGCCCCCCAGAAGAAGUCCACCGUCUACAUCCAGGGCACCAUUGAGUCAGUGUGCCUCGCCCGUCAGUACCUCAUGGGCUGCCUGCCACUGGUGCUGAUGUUCGACAUAAAAGAGGACGUGGAGGUGGAGCCUCAGUGUAUCACGGCCCUAAUGGAGCAACUGGAUGUCUUCAUCAGUAUCAAACCCAAGCCCAAGCAGCCCAGCAAGUCUGUCAUCGUGAAGAGCGUGGAGAGGAAUGCCGUCAACAUGUACGAAGCUCGAAAGUUCCUGCUGGGCCUGGAGAGCAACGGCGUGUCUUGCUCCUCGCCGUCGGUGGCCGUCAACCCGGCCCCUAACGGGCCCUCGCCGUCCCUCAUCUGUCCCGUUGGCCUGGACAUCUUGGCCUCAGCUGGUCUGGGGCUCAGCAACCUGGGCUUCCUGGGCGCGACGGCGUCCCAUUCGCUGGCCAACUCACUGGCCAACUCGGCCGCCCCCAACGCCGUCCUAAACACCUUAAACUCCUCCAUGAGCCCCCUGCAGACCCCCAGCACGCCUACGCCCUCGCUGUGGCCCAGCUCGCUCACCACUGCCCAAGCCUUCUCGUCCCAGUUGAUGCUACAUCCGGCCACCCACGCCACGCUGAGCAGCAUCCUGCUGUCGGGGGUGCAAGGCUACACACAGAACACACCCUCCCCUCCGCCGGGCCUGGCGCCCAUCGACAAGCAGCCCAACGGCGUCCCCGACUGCGCCAAGGCAGCCUGCGCUCUCAACGGCCACGUUAAGCAUCCGGCUUCAGUCUACGGGAGGAUAGCCACUGCGUCGCUUGCCGAAACAGUUUUGAGUCCGGCGCCAUGCGACUCCAUCCAGGAGGCCGGCGGACACAAUCCAUCGGAGCCUCUGUCCAGCAAGUCCGGCACCGAUGAAGGCUCGGACACCUUUGUGGAGGUCGGCAUGCCGAGGAGCCCCUCGCAUUCGGCCAGCGGCAGCGAGUUAAAGCAGAUGCUGGCCUCGUGCAAGACGUCGUCAGGAAAACGGCAAGCAGUGGAACUGCUACAGGGCACCAAAAAUUCUCACCUACAUUCCGAUUGUCUGCUGUCGGACGCUGAGUCCAGUUCGUCCGACAGUCCGGUUGCCGACAAGAGGGCGCCAGGCAGCGAGAGGGCGGCCGAGAGGGCGGCGCAGCAGAACGAGCGGGAGCGCAUCCGCUUGGCUCCGCAGACCUCAUUUGCUAACAUGCAGGCAUUUGACUAUGAACAGAAAAAGCUGCUGGCAACCAAAGCUAUGUUGAAGAAACCCGUUGUGACGGAGGUGCGGACCCCGACUAAUACCUGGAGUGGUCUCGGUUUCUCCAAGUCCAUGCCGGCCGAAACCAUCAAGGAACUGAGGAGAGCCAAUCACGUGCCCUACAAGCCCAGCAUGAGCACCACCUUUGAGGGUUCCCCGCUGUCUCUGUCCCGCGCCGGCAGCCGUGAGGGCGUGGCUAACGGCAGCGACUCGGACAACUGGCGAGAGAGGAACGGCGCGUCCAACGGGCUGCAGCCCCACGCCGACUUCCCUACCGCUGUCAGCAGCCCCAAGAGGAAGCAGAACAAAUCGGCGGCUGAGCAUUACCUGAGCAGCAGCAACUACAUGGACUGCAUCUCGUCAGUGACGGGCAGCAACGGCUGCAGCCUCAAUUCCUCCCUCAAAGGUUCGGACCUGCCCGAGCUCUUCAGCAAGCUGGGCCUGGGGAAGUACACGGAUGUCUUUCAGCAGCAGGAGAUCGACCUCCAGACAUUCCUGACUCUGACCGACCAGGACCUGAAGGAGUUGGGCAUCACCACCUUUGGCGCCCGCAGGAAAAUGCUGCUGGCCAUCUCAGAACUGAACAAGAACCAGCGCAAGCUAUUCGAGCCCCCCAUCCGCUCAUCCUUCCUGGAAGGGGGCGCCAGCGGUCGCCUCUCUCGUCAGUUCCAUGCCGAGAUGGCCAGCGUCAGCGGCCGGUGGUAGACCCUCCCUUCCCGUCCCAUUUUUUAUCUUUUUUUUUUCUUUUUUGCUCGUCCGCCUCCCUCUUUCGGGCUCAGACUGUUGACAGCGGCAUCUUGUAAAAGCAUUCAAUUUGGAAGCCAUAGUUUGCCAACCGACACACGGGGGGCGGCAUUCCUGAGGUCCAGCGUUUACUCCCUUUGAGUCGAUGUGAAGCAUUUGCGUGUUUCCAAGGCGACCCGAGUAUUUCAAGGGAACAGGCAGAAGGAUUCGUACAAUCAUUUUUACCCCACUGACGCCGCUGCAGCUCUGUUGGUGACAUGCACUUUAAUUUUACGAGACUUUUGCCUGUGAACUCCUUCAUUGCUCAGAUCUAAAGAAGAAGAAUUACUAUGCAUUGGACUUAAAAAGCACAGAUGCCUUUUCUUUUUUUUUUGUGCCUAGCCUAAUGUGUCAGCACUUAGCCGGCCGGCCUCGUUGGGGGUGGAAGGGCACGGCCAGACAAAGUGCAAAAGUAGGUCAGCGCCCCAAAGUGGACCGCUCGGUGGCGUGUACCAAAAAGGGAAGUGUUUAGAUUGAGAAGGUCCCUCCCAAGUGCCUCUUGAUGCUGUGCAGCUGUUGCGACAUCUCGCCAUCCUUUGCGUCCGUGUACUCUGUAGACCAAAUUUUGUACUCUUUUAUGUUUUUGUUUUUAACGACCAUGUUAGGGGAACGGGGCGGGAUGUAUAAUGUUAAUCAGUUUACAUGUCUAUUUUGGUUUUAUACAUUACGGAUGACCUAAUAUGAUUAUUUGCUAUUCUAAUUGUCAUUUUAUGUUUCUCAGUCUGUGGAGCGCUUUGAUGGCCGCAUCUGGUUGUUUAUAACACGGGCUUUUUUUUUUUCUUCUUCUUUCCCCGCCGUCUGUUAUCUGUCAGCGUCGGCCUCUCGCCGGCCUCAGAAUCCCACAAUGCACUCCUCUGCCUUUGUCGCAGAGCAAGAACCUCACUACGGAACGUUUUGUAGCCUCAAGUGCCAGUUUUUUGGGGGGUUUUUUGGCUUGAAGAAGGGACAUUUUGCUCUGACUGCAUCUCACAGGGAACAUGAAAACUCAUUUGAAGGAACGCAAAGAAACGCUCAAAUGUCCCCCGGUCAUAUUUUGGGGUCGUCUUGAUGCCCUUGAAAAUAGCGAGAGGAUUAGACGUCAUAAUUCUCAAGAUUUGAAGGCUGGAGUUGAAACCAAAGUGCAAUUAUGUGUUGUCAUGUUAAUAUUUGACAGUAUUACAAGUUGUUUUUUGUACAUGUGUAACAAAGUGCCUUUGGAAGUUGAGCGCCUGCAUCCAAAGCAUUGAAAUCCUGACGGGAAAAACCAGCAGAAAACAAAUUAGUGCCUUGCUCCGGUUUUAUUUUUUCUUCAAAUCAAUUUUAUCAACCACUUGGGCCUAUUUAAGCCAUGUGGUUGUUAGCAACACUACAGUGCAGUGAAUCAUUUUCUGAGUUUGCCGAUGUUUUAUGUUGUUUUUUUUUUUAUAUGGAAGUCUUGAAAAAUAGCAACGAGAAGAUGGAGCUUUAUCCCGAGGCACUACACGCAAAGUGUUUGGUUCUCGUCUUAACCGGUGAAUGUUGUUGAAAAAAAGAAGCGCUUUAUCGAAGCUCUGAGCUUUUGAUGUUUUUCGGCGAAUCGUGAAGGACUUGAGGGACUUGUCCUGUCCAAGAAAAAAAUAAACGUUUACUUGCAACUCCUCACAAUAAAUCGCACAGCCUUCAGUGGGAUGCCAAAAAAAAGGGUUUUUAUUGGAAACCAUUUUUGUAGUCCAGUUCAGCGGUACAUUUAAACAACAAUUGUCAAACCACUAAAAGAAUUCUCUAACAUUUGUGUGACUGAACAAUUAUUUUUUGUCUUAGGAAAAGCUACAGUUCUGCACCAAAGGAUUUGUGCAUUGUGGCCAAAAAGCUUUUGUUAUUCCAGUUGUCUUAUUAUUGUUUAUUUUGAUAGUCAGGCAUAAAAAAAAAAAAUGUUCAAACAUUAAUAUUCUGAAGGCAAUAAAUGUAUGCAAAAUGUC